CCUACGCACUGGCGACCAUAGACGCGGCCAGGCCGCCGCGGCCAUGGUCGCCGGUGCGUAGGCAAGCGCGACAUGUGGACGGCCGAAAAAUUUGCAGUCGACUUCCAAGGGUGUGUCAAGAUGGACGUGCAGAAGAUAAUCACGCUAACUGUGCUUGUGUAUUUACUACGAAAACGAAAACGGAAGAUUUCACGUAAAAGACAGUUUUGGGUGCAUCCAUUACUUUGCGAGAGAAAGACUAAAGGAUUAUAUUAUACUUAUUUUUUGGAUUUAAAAAUGUAUGAGAAGAGAUUCUUUAAUUACAUGAGAAUGUCAACGAAUACUUUUAACCUGUUACUGGAUACAAUAAAACCAAAAAUUACUGGAACUGGUAACAACUAUCGGAAAUGCAUUCCAGCAGAAGAAAAAUUAGUAAUAACAAUAAGGUAUUUGGCUACUGGGUGUUCUUUAUCUCAUAUAAGUCAUGAAUACCGUAUAGAGCUUCCUACAGUAUCGGAAAUAGUAUUUGAUGUUUGUGAAGCAAUAUGGGAGAUAUUAAAACCAAUUGUGAUGCCACAAUUGACCAGAGAUAAGUGGAUUCAAACGGCUGAAGGUUUUCAAAAAUACGCCCAAUUUCCUAAUUGCAUCGGAGCCAUCGACGGCAAGCACAUUAGAGUUAUCAAACCACAACAUUCGGGAUCUCUUUAUUACAAUUACAAGAAUUAUUUUUCAAUCGUGUUACUUGCAAUAUGUGAUGUAAAUUAUAAAUUUCUUUACGUAGAUAUUGGAGCAUACGGCAAAUGCAGUGAUUCGUCAAUUUACAAAGACUCUGUAUUUUAUCAUAGGCUUUUAAAUAAUGAUCUCGAUAUUCCGAGCAAUAACCCCAUCAAAGAAAAUGGCCAAUCAAUGCCGUUCGUUUUAGUGGGUGAUGAGGCGUUUUCACUAUCGGAACAUAUGAUGCGUCAUGCGACCGUAUGCUGGGAGAAACUUGAAUAA